UCAAUACUUGAACACAAUCAGUUCGAUUUCCGCUCUUUUCCCAAACGGUUUCCAUGUUUUUUUCAUUUCUCGCACAGCUCAUAAUACGAAAAUACUGAUAGUUCUUGGAGUCGUCAAAUUUUCAGUCACCGAAAAUGGAUUAACUUCUUCAAUGUAGGGCUCAUCCAAGGCUUGGCUGGAUAGUGAUAAAGUUCCCCAAAUGGGUCUCCGAUUGAAUAUCUAAGCAGUUCGUGCGGGCGCAGAUACGUAUAAAAAUGAAAUCCAAGUUCAGGAAGUGGAAAAAACUUCGUUUCAGACUGUGAUGUGGCGCGCCUAAAACCCAAAGUUGAAUUCAAAUCAAUGAUAUUUUACUCCCAAGCGUUUAAAAGUUUGAAUUUCCAGUGCCCAAGCUUUCCAUCGGAGUCGAAUUGGGUUGAGUGUAACGGAAUUUUUAUUUGAGUAUGUCAUCGAUCAACCCGAAGAUAACUUAAAAGUGCAUACGAAGGUUGUUCUGUUGGCUGUGUUAAUGUUGGCCAUUCUUGCAGUAAUUCCCAACGAUGGUGUUUUCUUCAUGAAAAAUAGUGAAAAUGACUGUUUAGUUACCAUUAGAAUAAUAGUGAAUAGUUAUUUCGUUCUGACAUAAAUUUUGUUCUCAUCGAUCGGAAAAGUAAACGUGGCUCUGUGAGACCAUCGGUGAAUGUUCCGUCGUAACCAUCAUGACCGGAAGGUGGAUACUCCUGCUGAUUCCUAUGCUAAUAAACAUUCAGCAAACAUUCGGCGCGAAAAACUCUCGAAAUAACUAUGCCAACUACUCCGACAGCAGUGAACUCUCGAAGCACCCUGCCGCAAGUCUGUCGUUGACCGACAUCUUACCGACGCAUCAGAAGACCUACGACAAAAAUCGAGCACCGAAGCUUCUGGGUCAGCCCACGGUGGUUUAUUUCCACGUAACGGUUCUAUCGAUUGAUUCGAUAAACGAAGAAUCAAUGACGUAUGUAGCAGACAUAUUUUUGGCACAAAGUUGGCGCGAUCCACGGCUGCGAUUGCCGGAGAAUAUGAGCGAAGAGUACCGGAUACUGGACGUCGACUGGUUGCACAGCAUCUGGCGGCCGGACUGUUUCUUCAAGAAUGCCAAGAAAGUUACCUUCCACGAGAUGAGCAUACCGAAUCACUACUUGUGGCUGUAUCACGACAAAACGCUGCUUUACAUGUCCAAGCUGACGCUGGUACUGUCGUGUGCGAUGAAGUUCGAGUCAUAUCCGCACGAUACCCAGAUUUGUUCGAUGAUGAUCGAAAGCUACUGCAGCGUGAAUAUCAUAGCUAUGAUCCGUACCGUAACUUCACUCAACCUUCGAGUUCAAAAUUUAUGCUGCAGUGAAAAUUUUAUGCAAAGCUACGUUCAACACUACAUAAAUAUAAAUGCAAAUUUCAAUGUUUCGUAACACAACUAAACCAUAAAAAUAACAAUAAAAUAAACAGAUGAUUGACUUAUACUGACCUGUUAA